AUGCCUCCACGCUAUGUGGUGCUGGAGACUCAGGCACCCCCUGCCUUGGACAACCGGAACAUCCAAGAAAUCAAAAGAGCCCUACUGCCAGUCUUCUCUCUGUGCUUUACAAAUGCAGUUCGAUCCACAGAACUUCAGUUCACGCCAAACACAGGAGAUGGGCCUCAGUUACAGUCACGAUCCAUCAAACUCAGGACAGAGAACAAAACGGCACUUGCAAAAAUGCCAAUAACUGGUCCAGUUACGCAACACCAUCCAGCCUCCCGGGGCUAUCCAGCCUUCAGGGCACCAUCCUUCGCCAGGGCACCACCCCGCCUCGGGGCAUCGCAGCCUCCGGGAGCACCACAGCCUCCUGGGCACCACCCCCAGCCUCCAGGAGCACCAUCCCUUCCGGGGCACACCCUCCUCGGGAGCACCACCCAGGCUUCAGGGCACCACCCAUCCUCCAAGAGCACCACCCAGCCUCGGGGCAUCCCCGCCUCCAGCAAAACACCCAGCCACUGGGCACCAUCCAGCCUCCAGGGCUUCACCCAGCCUCCAGGCACCAUCCACCCUCAGGGGCAUAAGUCCACCUCAAAAUACCACCCAGCCUCAGGAGCACCACAGCCUCCUGGGCACCAUCCAGCCUCCAGUUGCACCAUCAGCCUCCGAGGGCACCACCCAGCCUCAGGAGCUGCCCAGCCUCCAGGAAAACCAUCCAGCUUCCAGGAAGCCACGCCAGCCUCUGGGAACUGCUACUCAGCCUCCAGGCUCCUCCCAGCCUCCAGGAGCACCAUCCAGCCUCCAGGGGCACCAUCCAACCUCCAGGGGCACCAUCAGGCCUCCAGGGCUCACAGCCUGGAGCACCAUCGGUCAGAAACCACCCAGCCUCCAGAAACUACCCAGCCUCGGGAAUGCCACCCCAGCCUCCGGCACCAUCCAGCCUCCGGGGCACCUUCCAACCUCAGGGGCAUCAUCCAGCCUCGGGGGCACCAUCAACCUCAGGGGCACAGCGUCAGGUGCCUCGGCCUCGGGGCACCUCCCAGCUUCAGGGAGAUCCAGGCAGCGCCUCUGGGAAACCACAGCCUCCAGAAACCAUCCAGCCUCCAGGAGCACCCCCCCAGCGCAGGGCACCCAGCCUCCAGGAGCACUACCCGGCCUCCGGGCGCAGCCGGCCUCGGGGCACAUCCCAGCUCCUUGGGCACCAUCCAGCCUCCAUGGGCAUCAUCCCGCCUCCCGGGGCACAUCCAGCCUCAGAAACCACACACAGCCUCAAGGUGCCUCGGCCUCGGGGCACCUCCCAGCUUCCAGGAAACCAGGCAGCCUGAGGCACCUCAGCCUCCGGUGCCAUCAGGCCUCAGGAGGACCAUCCAGCCUCAGGAGCACCACCCAGCCUCCAGGGGCACCAUCCCGGCUCAGGAGCGCCAUCCAGCUUCCGGGAACACCAGCCAGCCUCCAGGAGCACCACCCUAG